CGAUGGGGUUUUCUGUGAGGCAGGAGGUUGGGAGGCUGCGGCAGUAAACAGCUGUAGUGGAGGCAUUUCUUGUGACUCUCCUGAUUCCCCCUACUGCCAGUCAUGGAGUCUGAGGUUAAAGACGGGGAAGAAGAGAAUCUACAAAGUGCAUUCAAAAAACUGAGAGUUGAUGCUGAAGGGUGCACCACGUCCCUUUGUGCUGCUAAUGGAUGCAGCACAAGGACAUCCGCGCGACCUUCUUUAGAAGACACCAAACCGAAAACAUUGGGCUCGCUGAAAGAAAGCUGGCAUAGAUCAUCUAGAAAAACAACCAGAGGAGUGGCGAGAACACCACGGAGAAGACGUUCCAAAUCUCCAGUCCUUCAUCCUCCAAAGUUUACACACUGCAGUGCAAAAGCCGCCUCUAGCUGCCAGCUAAAACACAAAACCCUAUGCGAUACCCAAGAUGGGAGUGUGAGCAGUACAGUUACCAGUGAUCCCUCCAGCCCUGCUCUUGAUGUCGGUGGAUACAGAAGAUAUUAUCUUGAGCCAUCAGAGACUGUUUCAGAGAGCAAAAAAGUGAAUGCUGCCGUUUCAUUGGCUUCUCCUGCAUGUCUGGCAGCUGGCCAUCCCUCGGAUUUUCAGUCUGUAUCGAAACUCGGCACUGCUGCAAAAUGCGCUUGCAAGGAGGAGGAGGAAUGCCAGUGCAAGAACUGCUGGCGAAAUAUGGAAGUGUACUCUUUCUCUGGAUUAAGGGACAUGCUGUCUGAGUGUGAGAAGACAGUUAAAGACGAUCACUCGCAGACUUUGCAAAACAGAACUCAGCCUUCAGCUAACGGCACUUCCGGAUCCCCACGGUCUUGCUCGGAACAAGCCAGAGCAUCAGUGGAUGAUGUGACUAUUGAAGAUCUUGCAGGAUACAUGGAGUAUUACUUGUAUAUUCCAAAGAAAAUGUCCCACAUGGCUGAAAUGAUGUACACUUGAUAGGCUUCAGAAUACCUUGCUUGACAUCUAGUCGCCGCAUAGGUAGUUGCUGCAGGAGCUUUCUUGACCUGGAGCCCCUUUCUCUCCGUUUGCCAUUAACCACGAGAGUGACCGAUUUCUUAAUUUAACAACCAGCGUUUUUGUUUAUUUAUAUUUAUAUUAAAGGAAUUGUUCAGGGUAAAACAAAAAACUGGGUAUGUGCAAAAUAAAAAAUCUUUCUAAUAUA